AUGGUUAGUCCAAUAUUCUCCCAAGAAAUUGAUCAAUAUUCAGAAGAGUUACCAGAAGAUGUGAACAUAUCUCCUACGUCGGAUUUCGAGAUUUACGUCGAAUCUCCCGACGAAUCUCCAUUGGAAGAAGCUGAUUCACCCACAAUGGAACAUGACAUGGAGCUUGCGGAUCAUUACACGUAUAAACGUCUCGAUUUCCUUCAAGAUUGCCUUGAAAAGCAAAACUCGAAAUGCAGAGAUAGUAUUUUCAAAGACUUGUUGGAUGAGACAACGCAGAUAUUGACAGAUGAAUGUUGCCGUGAUCUACUGAAGAUUGGCAAAGAUUGUCAUCUAGGAUUGGCUCAACUCAUUCUCUCGAGUUAUAAAUAUAAAAACAUUGCAUUUAAGGCUAUUCCAAAAACCAAACAGUCAUGGAACGAUUGUGUUCGAAGAGUUGGGAACCAAAUCGGUGUUCCGGUCUCUUUGGAAGACUAA